AUGGAUGGGGUGGUGGGAGGUGUGGGUACCCCCAGUGGCACUGGGGGCUCUGGGGGUGACAGCCUCCCCAGACGUAACAGAGGGGACUCAAAGCGGCGCAGUAAGGGCAGCCUGCCGUCACCGGGUUACAGGCUGUCCCAGGCCUCACUGGAAGGGGACAGGGGCUCUUUCGGGGCGGACAGCACUUCUUUAGGUGGACGUGGCCGUCGCCCCUCCAUCAUGAGCUCCUCCACCAGGGACGGCCUUCCCUUCCGAACAGCAGGCACCCCAACCACCCCAGUGCCCCUGCCGCCACCGCCCUCCUCCUCUGCCACCGCCCAUGCUCCCCCGCGCUCAGUGGGCUUUGCCACCCGUGCCGCCCUGACCUCCACCUCCUCGACCGGGACUGGAGUGAUGGUGGUGGCCACCGGCCCGGAGACCACCACCACCACCGCAUGUAACACAACUGCUGCAGGCAGUCCUGAGUUUAUGGGUCAGUUUGGACUGGGUGUUUUUGGCAUGGGGCUGGAUGGAGAGGACUACAGCACCUCCAACCAGAGCACCUUCAUACAGAGACAGUUUGGAGCCAUGCUUCAGCCGGGGGUCAACAAGUUCAGCCUGCGCAUCUUUGGAUCCCACAAAGCCGUCGCACUGGAGCAGGAAAGACUGAAAUCAGCAGGGACGUGGAUCAUACACCCAUACAGUGACUUCAGAUUCUACUGGGACCUGUUGAUGCUUAUGCUGAUGAUGGGGAACUUAAUCAUCCUGCCAGUGGGCAUCACUUUCUUUAGAGAGGAGAACACUCCUUCCUGGAUCAUCUUCAACGUGGUCUCUGACACUCUCUUCAUGGUCGACUUGGUUCUCAACUUCAGGACCGGCAUCAUCAAGGAAGACAACACUGAAAUACUGCUGGACCCCAGAGCGAUCCGACAGAACUACCUGAAAAACUGGUUCCUGGUGGACUUUGUGUCAUCUAUCCCGGUGGACUACAUCUUCCUGAUGGUGGACAGUCUCGACUCCGAGGUCUACCGGACAGCCCGGGCGCUGCGCAUUUUCCGCUUCACCAAAAUCCUGAGCCUGCUGCGACUGCUCCGCCUGUCUCGACUCAUCCGCUACAUCCACCAGUGGGAGGAGAUCUUCCAUAUGACCUAUGACCUUGCCAGUGCCAUGGUGAGAAUAGUUAAUCUGAUUGGUAUGAUGCUGCUGCUGUGCCACUGGGACGGCUGUCUCCAGUUCUUGGUCCCGAUGCUGCAGGACUUCCCUCCUGACUGCUGGGUUUCCAAGAACCUGAUGGUGAAUGACACAUGGGGCGUGCAGUACUCCUAUGCUCUGUUCAAAGCCAUGAGCCACAUGUUGUGUAUCGGGUACGGUGCCCAGGCUCCAGAAGGGAUGAUGGACGUGUGGCUCACCAUGCUCAGUAUGAUCGUCGGUGCCACCUGCUACGCCAUGUUCAUCGGCCACGCCACCGCUCUCAUCCAGUCGCUGGACUCCUCCAGACGACAAUACCAGGAAAAGUACAAGCAGGUGGAGCAGUACAUGUCGUUCCAUAAGCUUCCUGCAGACGUUCGGCAAAAGAUCCACGAGUACUAUGAGCACCGCUUCCAGGGUAAAAUGUUUGAUGAGGAGAACAUCCUGGGAGAGCUCAGCGAGCCGCUUAAAGAGGAGAUAGUCAGCUUUAACUGCCGCAGCCUGGUGGCUAACAUGCCGCUGUUCGCCACCGCUGAUCCCAACUUUGUGACUGCCGUCCUGACCAAGCUCCGAUUCGAAGUGUUUCAGCCUUCAGACUUCAUCAUCCGCGAGGGCACCGUUGGCCGGAAGAUGUACUUCAUACAGCACGGGCGAGUCGGUGUGCUGACCCGUGGCAACAAGGAAACCAAGCUGAGCGAUGGGUCAUACUUUGGAGAGAUUUGUUUGUUGACUCGUGGACGGAGGACAGCCAGCGUCCGUGCAGAUACAUACUGUCGCCUGUACUCUCUCAGCGUGGACAGCUUUAACGAGGUGCUGGAGGAACAUCCGAUGAUGCGGCGUGCCUUUGAAACUGUAGCUGUUGACCGAUUGGACCGAAUCGGCAGGAAGAACUCUAUGCUCCUGCGGAAGUCAUCCCAGGGCGGUUCUCUGGGGGGCAGUAUGGGUCACGGUGGAGGCCGUGGAGCAGGGGGAGGGCUGGCAGCCGGCACUCUGGGUUCCUGUGACAGCAUGCUGGUGCAGCAGAUUGUCAAACACGACAGCAUGUCGGCCAUGCAAGAUGCCAUUGCGGCUGCUGCUGCUGCAGGAAGAAGUGGAAUCAUCAGAGGAAGUGGCACGGUGUCUCCUCGACCACGCCCAGUCAUCUGGGCGCCGCUGGUCCAUGCCCCUCUGCAGGCUGCUGCUGCCACCAGUAAUGUAGCUAUCGCCCUCAUGCACCAGCAGCAGCAACAGCAGCAGCAUUUACAGCAGCUUCAGCAGCAGCAUGCACUUGGGGGGGCUUUCUUUGUGCCCUCCCCUCUUGUUUCUCCCUCUCCCUCCUCCUCUUUCCCUCUGUCUCCCCCUCGUCCUCCCACGUUACAGCCCCUCCGCCCAUCUGUGAGCUCUCUCAUCGGGAUGAUGACGAUGGGAGGGAUGGGAGGGAUAGGAGGGAUGGGUGGUUUGUCCCCAAGAGGAUUUCCUGCCUCUCCCUCAUCCAUGGGCCCUCUUGGUGGGUUGACAUCGCCCCCUAUUGUCAAAACGCCAUCCACAUCCGCCUCCCCUGUCCCGUCGUCAGUCCAACAAGAAAGGACUCUUCAUUACAGCCUCCGCCUGCAGGCUGAUCAUCCCUCAAUGAUUGCUGGAUCACCAGGUGGAGGGCCACAGGCUCCACCUCUCCACAAGGUACCUGCAGCUAACCCCCCUGCUGCUCGUGGUGCCCCGUCAGAUUGCAACACUUUGGUGGCGGGCCAGCAGGGAGCAAAAGAAGCUCUGUUACGUCAUGGAGGAAACAGCUCUCAGUGUCUGCCUGCACUUGGCAGACUCACCCAGGAGGCCAGGCUUUUGUCGGCCUCGCAGCCCACUCUGCCUCACCGCUCCUGGGCUGGAGUGCAGCCUCACCCGCCUCUCCACAGGAAGGCUUCUGGUGGUAAUUUGCUCUCGACUCCUUUCCUGGCAGUGCAGUUGGCCAGAGGAGCCAGUGCAGGUAUGCUGACUUGUAACACUCCAGUACAGCUGGUGACAAAUAUGCCGUUUAAUGCACAGGCCGCAGUUCCUAUUCAGGCAGUACACGCACACAAUCUGCCCACACAAUCUGCCCCUCACACUGUGCCCACACCUACAGCUGCAUACAUGCCUUCUGCAGCUUCUUUGCCAUCUUCCUCCCCUACAAAGCAGACCCCGCUCUCCUCUUUAACCUCUUCCCCUUCACCCAUGUCUCCUUCACCUACACACCCCCAGACACCUCGUCCUAAACCAAUCCCAAUGACCCCCUUUCCUCCUCCCUGCUCCACCCCACCUUCAGCGGGAACAAACCCGCUGUCGCUUUCGUCAACUUCUCGUCCCAAACCAACUCCUACAUCCUCUCCCCGCUCCUCCCCCUCCACCCCGCCGCCUUCAUCUUCUGUUUCUCCCCCUGUUUUAAUACCUCAAACUUAUGGGCCCAAGACAUCUUUUGCGUUCUCUUCUCCCCCUUCCUCCUUGAUCACCUCUAUCCCACCACGUCCCCAGAGCCCCCGAGCCAAGGCAUCCAACACACCUCCUUCUGCUUCUCCGUUGUCUGGCCCCAGUCCCGCCCCAACCCCAAUCCCUUCUCCGAUACAGACUCCGACUCAGACAACACGUGCUCGUAUUUCGAUCCCCGCCCAAACUCCUACACAAACCCUGACACCUGUUACUCCUACCCAGACCCUAACCCUUACACCUUCUCCCUCUCCCAUCCCUGUUACACCUGUUCCGUCCUUAAGUAAAUCCAAGAGUCCAACCCCUUUUCUCCAACCCUCGGUCCAUAGUUCAAACAGAGGCCCCACCACGAGCCAGAUCCCAAAACAGACCCCCACCCAAACUGCAUCUCCUUCCCCUUUACCAGCUAACACUAGCUCUCCCAAUAAAAUAAAGUUCUCAGUUCAUCCUGUCCUUACUCCAAUUACCACAUCAAGCUCUGUUUUCGCCACCAAACCAACCCCAGCUGCAACCUCACCCUCAACAACCGUAUGCCCAAACCCGAGCUCCACUAAGCCCUCAUCUCUUACUACCACCACCUCCUCCUCCUCCUCCACCACCACCAUCUCCUCCAGUUUACAAUCUGCUUCUGCACACCCCCAGAAACAAAUGCCAACCACAACAGCUGCCCCUAACUUCUCCUCAAACCCCAAUAUAUCCUCUACCCCUGCCCCGACCUCUCAGGCAUCAACCACGACAUCCACUCAGUCAGUGCAUGCAGCCACCUCUGCCAGCAGCACCUCCCCUAAAGACCCUCAGCUAUCACUCGCCAGAAAAGACUCAGAGGGACGAAGACACAAACUGCCCUUUAACAUGUAA